AUGGGCCAAGUUGUUGUUUAUGUUUGCUUAGGAUGGGAUCAGUCCGACAAGUUCUUUACUUUGUACAUCAGCGAUAAACUGAAGGAUAUUAAAGGGAUUCAGGCCGAAAAUGUCACAUAAUCUUUCUCAGAACGGUUGGGCGCUCACAUGGAAGUGAAGGGUCUGAACGGGCGCGAUUAUUAUUUCGAUUUAGCCAACUUGGCCUACGCAAUUAUCCCCGAGGAAUCUACUCACAAACUGCGCGGCGAUUCUGUGGUGCUGAAUCUGCGGAAAAAAGAAUCCAAAACAUGGGAAUGCGUUACCGCGGCGGAGAAGCAGCGGAAAGACAAAAAGGCACAAGAAAAAUUUGACAUGGAUUCGGAUGCCAAAUCGGAUCCUUCCGCUAGCAUGAUGACUAUGAUGAAAAAGAUGUACGAGGAAGGAGAUGAUGAUAUGAAACGGACCAUCAGCAAAGCAUGGUUUGAAGCGUCUCAAAAGCAGAAUAAGGAAUGAAACCGGAGUCGUUCGGAAUGUGAUGGCGAUUUUUCCUUCUUUUCAUGAUGAUUUGGUUUCGGAAAUUUAAUUUGUCCGUAUUCGCCUUUUGUUCCAGUUUAGACUACUUGUGUCGAACAUCUCUUCUGCUCGAUGUUUAUGAAUGAACUUUCUAUAUGUCUGGCUGCGGUUUCAGAUUUUCUAAAAUUUUGGGAGACGAAGAUUUAU